ACUACCGCACCAGUUGACAGCAGACGACCAGAGAAAUAGAGAAAUGAAUCAUGGAGUUAAGCUAGACGCGACUCAACGACUGCGACUGGGACGAAUUCAAAAUCCUCCUUUGUGGACGUUUCGAACAUAAUUCCUUAGUAAUAUGGCAAUACAACUCGACAUUAAACUGAAGAAACACAAUAAAGUUUAUUGGGAGGGUGAAAAUGUCAGUGGUGUUUUAGCUAUCCUUAGUCCUACUGAUUUUAAACACGAUGGAAUAGCUCUUCUAUUGGAUGGAACUGUUAAUCUCCAGCUAAGUGCUAAAAAUGUUGGAAUAUUUGAAGCAUUUUACAACUCUGUCAAGCCUAUUCAUUUGGUCACCUCAAGCAUCGAUUUGGCUGUGCCAGGCAGAAUUCCUGCGGGUGCAACAGACAUACCCUUUGAGUUUCCCUUGAAGCCUAGGAGUGGUCGUUCCCUGUACGAAACAUACCAUGGCGUGUUCGUUAGUGUGCAAUACCAUGUGAAAGCAGAAUUAAAACGCUCCUUUCUAAAUAAGGAUCUUUCAAAAUCACAAGAGUUUAUCGUGGAAUACAAGGCCGGACUACCAGGUUUAAUAACUGCGAAACCAGAACCUGUCAAUUUUAAGAUCAGUCCAGAAUCCCUACAAAACAUCAAAGACAAAGCUAAAGUGCCAAGAUUCCUUGUGACAGGUCAUCUUGAUUCUGCUACAUGUUGUCUUACAAAACCUUUGACAGGAGAGCUUGUAAUUGAACGCUGUGAAGUUGCAAUCAAGUCCGUGGAGUUGCAGCUAGUAAGAGUAGAAACAUGUGGUUGUGCUGAGGGCUACGCACGUGAUGCUACUGAAGUUCAAAACAUUCAAAUUGGUGAAGGCAAUGUUGCAUGUGGUCUCUCAAUACCAAUACAUAUGGUAUUUCCAAGACUUUUCACAUGUCCUACCCUUAUUACCAACAAUUUCAAAGUGGAGUUUGAAGUUAACAUUGUAAUAGUUUUUCAAGAUAACCAUCUUGUUACUGAAAAUUUCCCAAUAAGACUUACACGGUUUUGAGCGUGUCAUCUGGGCUAUUUUACAUCAAUUUCCAUUGGCAGAUUACUGUGUAAGGUACAUGCAAAGA